AUUUGUGUGUGUGUUCCAUAUAAAUGUGAGCUCACACACGCAAAGUCACACAAUACCCUCCUCCUCCCCUUUCUCUCUUUCUCUUUCUCCGCCACCUCUCUCUCCAAUUCUCUCUCUCUCUCUCAUCUACAGAGACUUGUUUCUCUCCUCUGUAUUUAUCCAUACAUACAUAAAUCUAGUCCAGCAAUAAGACAGACAGAUAGAUGGGAGAUGACAAGUGGGCCGUCAAGGCCUUGAAAGACGACUCCAUUGUGGUGUCCUUGCUCUUACAAAUCAAACAACACCACAAUCCGUUUCCGUCGUCGUUGCGGUGGGGACACCGGCAGCUCCGGUCUAAGCAAACCCACACCUCCUCCGCCACCAGAUGCAGUCCGACCACGCCGCUCUCGUGGAGCGCCAGCGACACCUCCGCCCCCAGAUCUAAGGCUACUUGUGCUUAUGAAGCUGGAACAUCCACUAGUAAGAAAUCAAGAAAAAAGAAGACUUUUACUGAGCUUAGAGAGGAAGAAAGUUACUUGAUGAACGAAAGGGUGCAUUUGGAGAAAGAGUUGGCAUCAGUAAAUGUAACAUUGAACGAACAAAGAUACAGAGGAGAUAACUUGAAGAGAAUCAAGCUUGAUUUCCAUGUACCGUCUACAAGUGAAAUGCCUGCCAUACGAGAUGAACCAAUGCGCACAAUGUUCUUUCAGUAUCAACAAUCAAAGGCAUCUUCAGACAACCAGAAUAGUUUGAUCUUGCCGAGACAAGAGAUAGAUAAUUUUCCAGAUUUCUCCAGCUCCUGUAAACUACCCGAGGAGAACAAGAGCCGUGAGAGAUGCUUUAUUUUACCAGAUCUAAAUAUGGCGCCCGCUGAGGACCCAGGUUGUGGUAGUUUAUUUUGAGAAGCAUAACCUUUAUAUAGUAGAGAAGUGUCUUGGUCCAAUAAAAGGUGAAGUGUUAAAGCCGAUUCUGAAACACAUACGUAUUGGCCAAAGAACUAUAUGUUUAUUAGAAUCUCAGUUUCAAAAUUGGAGAUUGAUUUCUAAAGCAUUACGAAUCACUAGUUCUGAAUUUUAAAUGGACUAAAUUGAAAGUUAUAUCUCUAUAAUGAAACAGAGGUAGCUCACCGUGUUAGUCUACCUUUGAUCCAGGGUUAUAUAUCAUUGUCAUAAUCUACUGGAUUUUUGAAGACGAUGGUUAAUACGGGAUAGCAUAUAGACAUCACGGUGGUUAGAAAUGUGAAGUUUUCUAGGUAUUGUUUUCCCCUGUACUGUAGUUACUUGGUAUUUCUCAAUGCCUUGAUUAUGUUAAGAACCUUGAGAUCUAUCUUUCCAAUUUUGGCAAUAUGCUAGUAUUAGUGUAUACUUAGUUACUUGCUGCCCUAUA